UCCGUCUUCCGGGGUUGCAAGCUUACAAGCUACGCACUUUGCAUGAGGUACCCAAAGGUUCCGAACCAUCGGGCCCAGCCCAAGCAAAGCCCAAGAUGUAGACUCAGUCCAGCCUCUCGCCAUUCCAGCUCUUCGCUGCACUCCGAAGUCCUCAGACAAGGGCGUCCAUGCCGACCCCUCCACAUUGGUUGGUAGAGCGGCUUGGCCUUUUUGAGAAGCUGUGGGCUGUUCAGGUAACGAGGUUAGCAAGCACUGCUCGGAAGGAAGCCCGGACUAUAAAGGUGUCACUUCCUGGAGGCCAGAAAGUGGAUGCUGUGGCAUGGAACACAACCCCUUACCAGCUAGCCCGGCAGAUGAGUUCAACACUGGCAGAUACUGCAUUGGCUGCUGAAGUGAAUGGAGAAUCUUACGAUCUGGAGCGGCCCCUGGAGACAGAUUCUGAUCUCAGAUUUCUGACGUUUGAUUCCCCAGAGGGAAAAUCGGUGUUAUGGCACUCUAGUGCCCAUAUCCUAGGGGCAGCAGCUGAACAAUUCUUGGGUGCUGUUCUCUGCCGAGGUCCAAGUACAGACCGCGGCUUUUACCAUGAUUUCUUCCUGGGAAAGGAGCGAACAGUCCAGGGCUCACAGUUACCUAUUUUGGAGCAGAUUUGCCAGCGGAUGGCAGCUGAUGCACAGCCCUUCCGGAGGCUGGAGGUUUCCCAGGAUCAGCUGCGCCAGCUCUUUAAGGAUAACCCCUUUAAGCUUCGUGUGAUUGAAGAGAAAGUGACAGGCCCAACAGCAACAGUGUACGGGUGUGGCACAUUGGUUGACCUUUGCCGGGGACCCCACCUUCGGCACGCUGGACAGAUUGGAGGGCUGAAGCUGCUUGCGACCUCAUCCGUGUGGAGGUCCCCAGGGAGUCUAGAGCCGCUGCAGAGAGUGUUGGGGAUUUCCUUCCCCACACCUGAGCUGCUGAGGGCAUGGGAAGCACAGAGGGAGGAAGCAGAGUCUCGGGACCACAGGCGCAUCGGGAAGGAACAGGAGCUCUUCUUUUUCCAUGAACUGAGCCCUGGGAGCUGCUUCUUCCUGCCACGUGGGACCAGGGUGUAUAAUGCCCUGGUGGCAUUUAUCAGGGCUGAGUAUGCCCGCCGUGGUUUCUCAGAGGUGAAAACGCCCACAGUGUUUUCUGUGAAACUGUGGAAACAGUCUGGGCACUGGGGGCACUACAGGGAAAACAUAUUUGCCCUGCAGCCCAAGGGCUCUGACCCUGCCAGGCAUCCCACAGAGACACUCGCCCUCAAGCCCAUGAACUGCCCUGCACACUGCCUGAUGUUCGCCCACCGGCCCAGAUCAUGGCGGGAGCUGCCUGUGCGACUAGCCGACUUUGGAGCCCUGCACCGAGCUGAGGCCUCUGGCGGCCUGGGGGGACUGACGCGGCUUUGGCGCUUCCAGCAGGAUGACGCUCAUAUCUUCUGUGCCCCAGAGCAGCUGCAAGCAGAGAUCCGAGGCUGUCUUGAUUUCCUCUGCUCUGUCUAUGCUGUCCUUGGCUUCUCCUUCAGCCUGUCACUGUCCACCCGCCCAUCCAGCUUCCUGGGGGAGCCUCGCCUUUGGGACCAUGCUGAGCAGGUCCUGCAGCAGGCCUUAGAGGAGUCUGGAGAACCCUGGGCCCUCAAGCCUGGAGAUGGUGCCUUCUAUGGACCUAAGAUUGAUGUGCACCUGCAGGACGCCCUGGGUCGGCCGCAUCAGUGUGGGACCAUCCAGCUGGACUUCCAGCUGCCCAUGAGAUUCAACCUCCAGUACAAGGGGCAGGCGGGGGCCCUGGAGCGCCCAGUCCUCAUCCACCGGGCCGUGCUCGGGUCUGUGGAAAGGCUGUUGGCAGUGCUGACAGAGAGCUGUGGGGGGAAAUGGCCCCUGUGGCUGUCCCCGUUCCAAGUGGCCGUCAUCCCUGUGGGGACCGAGCAGGAGGAAUACGCCAGGGAGAUCCAACAGAGCCUGCAGGCUGCAGGGCUGGCCAGCGACCUGGACACUGACCCAGGACUGACUCUCAGCCGGAAAGUCCGCCGGGCCCAGCUUACUCACUACAAUUUCCAGUUCGUGGUUGGCCAGAAAGAGCAGAGUAAGAGAACAGUGAACAUACGCACUCGAGAUAAUCGCCGACUUGGGGAGUGGGACUUGACUGCAGCCGUGCAGCGGCUGCUGGAACUGCAGAACGCCAGGGUCUCCAACGCCGAGGAGGUUUUCUGAGCCUUUCCUCAUAGAUGAGAGAAAGAUCUGUGAGAGCCAUCAGCUUCUCUCAACCCAAGUGACGGUCCACAGUCCUCGGAACUGCAUGCUUGUGCUCCCCUGAAGAGACUAUUUUGGUGCCUACCGAGGGUGGGAAAUUAGUGUUUGGAUGUGAAGAGAGUAAAAUGAAAAAAAUAAACUUGAAGCUGCAGGAUACAUGUCUUUA